AUGGGCAAACGUGACAAACGCAAAAAGGCAGCUAAAUCAACGGGCGAGAAGAAACCAGCUGCAAAAUCAAAGGACGCAGAUGUCGCCAAAGCUGCAAGGAAACAAAAGAAAUCCGUGCUAGAUGAUGAUGAAGAAGAUAUAGAUGCCAUCUUGAGAGCUUUCAAAGCUGAAGAGGAAUCCAAGUUUCAGAUCACUGAAGAAAAGAUGGUUGAUCCACCAUCUAGAAGAGGAGGCGCUAUUAUGCUUGCAAAUCCACUUGUCAUGAAUGAACUAGUUAUGUUUGGGGGAGAGUUCUUUGAUGGCCAGAAGGUUGAAAUGUUCAACUCUAUAUAUAAAUACAAUAUCGACAAGAAGGAAUUUAAACGCAUCACGUCGCCCAACUCGCCAUCUCCACGCUCAUCACACCAAAUGGUCGUCACUCCAACAGGGAAAAUAUUCAUGUUUGGUGGCGAAUUCGUGUCGCCAAAUCAAUCUACAUUCUACCAUUACAAGGAUUUCUGGUUGUAUGAUCUUGUGACGAAUCAGUGGGAGAAGCUGGAUGUUAAAGGCACACCCUCAGCAAGGUCGGGCCACAGGAUGGUGCUAUGGAAACACUACAUUGUUCUCUUUGGUGGCUUUUUCGAUACGUACAAGGAAACACGAUAUUACGACGACCUACAUCUCUUUGAUACUACCAACUACACAUGGACGAGACUUGAAUUAAUGGAACCUAAGCCAUCUGCCCGUUCGGGCCAUCAAUUAUUUACGAAUGCUGUCGACGUGAUCUUGUUUGGUGGGUACUGCAAGACUGUCAUUAAGGGUGAAAAAGCGAAAGGGCAUGUCUAUAAUGACGCAUGGACACUGAAAAUGAACCUCGAACCCAAACUGAUACGCUGGGAGCGUCGUAAACGUCCUCAAUUUAUGCCGACGCCUCCACGAAGUGGGUGUAGUAUGGUGUGCUACAAGAAUAAGGCAUUCAUGUUUGGUGGUGUGUCGGAUGAAGAGUCUGAAGAAAAGAUUGAUUCGGUUUGUCAUGAUGAUUUGUAUGUGUAUACAAUUGAUGGGAAUCGAUGGUAUCCAGCUGGCAUCAAACAAUCUACUAAAAAGAGUAAAUCCAAAAGGAAGAUCGAAGAGCGUAAACCAGAACUGUAUGACGAUGAAGCCAAUCCCGACGAAGUAGACGAACAAGAUGAUGACACCUUACUCGAACCACCCGCACCACAAGAACCAACGACUCUCCCAACACCAUCACAAUCACCUGAACCAAUUCGCUCGUCAAAACCUUCAGCUAGAUUCUCAACCAUGCUGACUAUUACGCAGAAUCGACUUUACAUGUAUGGAGGGAUAUGUGAAUCAGGAGACAAGGAAUACACCCUAAACGACCUAUGGUCUAUAAAUCUCGACAAACUAGAUGGUUGGGAAUGCGUUAUUUCUGAUGAGACUGCUCAGAGUGCAUGGGUUGGUGAUGAUGAGGAGGACGAUGGUAGUAGUGAUGGUUCAGAUGAUGAAGACGAUGACGAGGAGGGCGAUAAAUCGUCUGAAAGUGAGAAUGAAGACACUCAAGCUGUUGAUAUACACGAGGACAUUUACGAAAAGGAGGAGAUAGUAGAACCGCCACCAGUUAUAAUAGAGCCACUCAAACCACUAACGCCUGAAGAAUUGCAAAGGAGGGCUGAAGAGGAAGAGAAUGAUCCUAAACCUGGAGAACUCAUAAACAAAUACUGGGAGAGAACAACACGGUACUGGCAAAGGAUAGUCCACGAAGAAUCUCAAACAUUAACGGGCAAAUCGCUUCGUCGUGAUGCGUUUGAAGUUGCUAAAGAACGAUUUGACGAAAUGCAACCACAACUCGAGCCUCUGAAGAAACAAUUGGAAGAAGCUGCUGAAGUGAUUUCUCAAAAUCAGAAAAAGGCAGUCGAGUCGGCUACUGAACGAUUGUCUACUCGUAGCCGAAGAUAA